AAUCCGUUCAUCAAUAACCUGUUACGGGAGCUGUAUUGCCAAAACGUGGUGUGAAUGCCGCCUAAGACUGGAUCUUAUUUACGCAUUUCUUGUGUUCUCUUCCAGAAUGAAGACCAUUCUCAGUAACCAGACUGUCGACAUCCCUGACAAGGUUGACAUUUCCUUGAAGGGCCGCACAGUUACUGUGAAGGGGCCCAGAGGAACCCUGCGGAAAAACUUCAACCACAUCAAUGUAGAACUGUGCUUACUUGGCAAGAAGAAAAAGAGGCUCCGUGUUGACAAAUGGUGGGGUAACAGGAAGGAGCUGGCCACAGUGCGCACAAUCUGCAGCCAUGUGCAGAACAUGAUCAAGGGUGUCACUCUGGGUUUUCGAUACAAGAUGAGAUCUGUGUAUGCCCAUUUUCCCAUUAACGUGGUUAUUCAGGAGAGUGGGUCACUCGUGGAGAUCAGAAACUUCUUGGGUGAAAAGUACAUCCGCAGGGUGCGCAUGAGACAAGGUGUGAACUGUGCAGUUUCCCAAGCACAGAAAGAUGAGCUGAUUCUAGAAGGCAAUGACAUUGAACUUGUGUCAAACUCUGCUGCCUUGAUCCAACAAGCCACCACAGUAAAGAACAAGGAUAUCAGAAAAUUCUUGGAUGGUAUCUAUGUCUCCGAGAAGGGAACAGUCCAGCAGCUUGAAGAAUAAAAGAUUGACAGAUGCCUGAACUGUUUGCUGCAUUCAACAAUAAAGACCAUUUAUCUAA